AUUAUAUGAAUUUCUGUAUAAUUUUAUUUUUUAUAUAAAUAAUUUUAUUUUUUUUAAUAAAAAUUUUGUUUAAAAAAAAAUAUUUUUUAAUAAUAAUAAUAAUAAUAAUAAUAAUAAUAAUAUAUAAUAAUAAAAAUAAUAAUAAUAAUAUUUAUAUGACAAUUUUAUAAUAUAUAUAUUUUUUUUUUAUUCUUAAAUAUUAUAAAUAUUUUUUUUUUAAAUAUUGUAAUAUUAAUUAAUAAUUUUUUAAUUUAAAUAUUUUUAUGUUUUUUAUUUUAUUUUCUUACA